AGAACCCGCUCUGACACCGACCCAGAAACACCACCGACUCUGGCCAGGCUACAGCAUCUUUAACUAACCUGUCAGAAAAAGACAAAAAUCCAAAGAAGAAGAAGAAGAAGAAGAAGACAGCUGUUUACGUUUCUGCUCAGCUGGGAAGAGAGAGCGAGAGAGAGAGGGAGAGAGAGAGAGACACCUGCCGCUGCUCACCUGUCGCCGCCAUGACCGCGCUGCGAUUUUAGUGUUGGACAAAAAUCGAUAAGCGACAAAAGAGGGGGAAAAAAACGAAAGAAAAGAAAAAGUCAAAGGGACUAAUGGAUUCCCUGGAUUCAGGACAAAAGUUCCGUCCCAGACGGGACAAUGACGUUGAGGAAGCAUUUCUGCAGGCUCCAGAUCCCAAGGACGUGGAGAAGAAGUCAUGCAACAAGAAGGGGGCAGGGAUAGGAGUCGCCUUGGUGAUUGGUGUUCUGGCUGUGAUUGCAUUGCUGGUCGGGCUGUUUUGCCAGCCCCAGCAUGUGAAAAUGAAGAGAAUUUAUAUCGGCUCCAUGGAAAUCAACAACAAGCAAUUCCUGCCACAGUAUGAGGAGCCUGGCAGUUCUGAGUUCACUAACCUGGCUGCUCAGGUCUGCAAACAGCUCAAACUGAUGUACUCCAAAAACUCAUUGCUGGACAGAUACUUCAACCAUUCGUCCGUUCAGGCCUUCAGUGAGGGCGACAGAGGGCCGAACACCAUUGUGGCUUAUUACGAAUCAGAGUUUGAUGUCCCCCCACCCCAGCAAGCCUCGCUGGAUGAAGCCAUCGACUCUAUGCAGCCUCCAGCAGGAAGUCAGGAGGGCGGAAAAGGACGAUUCCUGCUGAAACCCACAGACGCCCUGAGUGUCAACGACAUCGUGACACAAGCUAUAGAUCCACGCUUGACCAAAACCAAGCUUUCAGAGAGGAAAAGCAUCGACAUCCACAUCGAAAACUCCGGGCACGUUGAGUCUCCGGGAUUUCCAAACUCUCCGUACCCUUCAAACGCCUACCUGCAGUGGAAGUUUCGGGCAGACCCGCAACACCGAAUCCAGCUCGACUUUGAUGACUUGAUCCUGGAGGACGACUGUCAGCGAGACUUCAUCAAAAUCUACGACUCGCUCGUCCCCAUAGAGAAACGCGCUAUGACAGAACAGUGUGGAUACCCUCACCAGCCGCUGUCCUUCAUCUCCUCUGGAAACGUCAUGCUGCUGAUGCUGGUCACUAAUGAGGAGAAAAACUUCCCCGGCUUCAGAGCAAACUACUCUCCGAUUCCCCAGACUACACUAAACUGUGGCGGCACGCUGACUGGAGAGAAAGGCUCCAUCUCUUCACCGUUCUUCCCGUCCAACUACCCUCCUCGCACCACAUGUGUGUGGAACAUCGAGGUUGCAAACAACAAAUUUCUGAAGGUUCUGUUCAAUAAGUUCUCGCUGGGAAAUAAAACUGAAGGUUGCGGCCAUGACUAUGUUGAGAUCAAUGGUGAAAGGCUGUGUGGCAGCGACUUGAAGAGCCCAGUGUUCACCAUCAACAGCAACAAGAUGACCAUUACAUUUAAGUCGGACUCCUCCUACGUUGAUCAGGGCUUCACUGCUGAGUACGAGGCCUUCACCCCGAACAAUCCUUGUCCAGGAAGGUUCACGUGCAGCAACAACCUGUGCAUCAAUAACACUCUGCGGUGUGACGGCUGGGGCGACUGUGGAGAUGACAGCGAUGAGAUCAACUGCAAGUGUGAUGCGUCUCAGAUACAGUGUAAAAAUGGUCACUGUAAACCAAAAUUUUGGCUGUGUGAUGGGGUGGACGACUGUGGAGACAACACGGACGAAGAAAACUGUGAAACAUGCAAAGGGCAGUUUUCCUGCAAAAAUGGCCGCUGUAUUGCAGAGAAUUUGAAGUGCAAUGGAAAAGAUGACUGCGGUGAUGCGUCUGAUGAGUCCAAAUGUGAAAAAUCUUUGGUGCUGCAGACAUGCUCAGAGUUCACCUUCCAAUGCAAAAACAAACUCUGCAUCAGUAAAAUGAACCCAGAGUGUGAUGGAGUGCAGGACUGUACCGACGACUCUGAUGAGGAUAACUGUGAGUGCGGGAUAAGGCCGUACCGCAGCUCUCGCAUCGUGGGAGGACAAGCAUCUCGGGAGGGCGAGUGGCCCUGGCAGGUCAGCCUCCACUUCAAGGGAAUGGGACAUGUGUGUGGAGCCUCUGUGCUGAGCAACCGCUGGCUGCUGACCGCCGCCCACUGCGUUCAGGACAAAUUCUCUCAGGCUAACCAAUGGGAGGCUCUUCUGGGUCUUCACGAGCAGAGUCAGACCAGCAAGUGGACCAUGAAGCGGGGCGUGAAGCGGAUCAUCGUUCACCCGGGCUACGACCCUGAGACCUACGAUAACGAUAUCACUCUCAUGGAACUGGACAACAGCGUCACGCUCAACCAGAACAUCUGGCCCAUCUGCCUGCCCUCCCCCGCGCAUGACUUCCCAGUAGGAGAAGAGGCUUGGAUCACUGGCUGGGGAGCUACCAGGGAGGGAGGUUCCGGGGCGGCUGUACUGCAGAAGGCAGCAGUCCGGAUCAUCAACAGCACAGUGUGCAAGAGUCUCCUGACAGACCCGGUGACCGACAACAUGCUGUGUGCUGGAGUCCUCAAAGGAGGCGUGGACGCCUGCCAGGGUGACUCUGGUGGACCCCUGUCUUUCACCAGCACCAAGGGGCGGGUCUUCCUGGCUGGUGUGACGAGCUGGGGCGAAGGCUGCGCUCGCAAGAACAAACCUGGCAUCUAUACCCAAGUUACCAAAUAUCGCAACUGGAUAAAAGAAAAUAGUGGAGUGUAGGAACAGGAACGUGCACAGGUUCUCUGGAUUACGGGUGUUUCUCUUGGAUUCACUGUGGAAUGCGCAGCACCAAAACGGCUCUGCAUGUAUUUUCUCUGCAGCACAUGCACAAAACUUUGCAACAUCCAACAUAAACUGUCUUGUUGAGAAUUGCGAGUUCCUAUCAGGACUUUACCCUUACAUCAGAACAUAUCCAUUCUCAUCCACUGCCUGUUUUUAUAUGAACUGCCUUGUUGUUUCCAGAGUGUAAAAGCUGCACUUUCACCAUGUUAUUUUUGUAAGGAUAUUAAUCACCCAUCAGGUCUGCUCUUCUGUGCCCUGCUAAUUUGCACUGCUUUUGGUAAAUUGUGGUGGAAGUUUGUGAUGCAUCCUGGUCCCACAUAUGUUCUUUGUGAAGGUGAGCUGGCUUGUAAAAAAUGGUGCUUGAAAUAUUCUCGGGGCUUAAUAGGAUAUUCAUAAUGGAAUAUUGUGAAUAUUCAUUGCUUACUUACAUUCAAAUUGCAAAUAUCUUCAAGGCUCAGGAUUUCUAUUUUAAUUAUAACAGAAUUACAAAUUUAACUGAUUUAGUUGAACAGGAUAAAGGCUUGAAGGUAAGGCCAAAUCAGAAAUAUGAUCUCAUAAUAAAAGGUUUACUUUGGG